CGUACUGUACAACUGACAUAUAAAAUAUCCUACAAUGAACAUGGACAAUGUCGAACCCACUGUGACAAAGCCAGUUGAUACAGAUGGUGAUGAGAAUGAAGAGCGUGGAAAUUGGAAUAACAAAGUUGAAGGAUUUCUAUCCGUCCUUGGCUUCAACAUAGGGCUAGAGAAUGUCUGGAGGUUUCCUUACGUUUGUUAUAGGAACGGUGGAGCAGUGUUCCUUGUCCCCUACACCAUAAUGUUGAUAGUCCUUGCUAUACCUCUAACAUUCAUUGAAUUGUCAAUCGGGCAGUUCUCCAGCUCGGGAGUUAUCACCUGUUGGGAAAUGGUGCCUUUAUUCAGAGGCAUUGGUGUAUCCAUGAUGCUGGUAAUAGGUAUGAUUGCUGUGUAUUACAACAUGAUCAUUGGGUAUGGCUUAUUCUAUAUCGUAUCAAGCUUCACUGCAAAUGUGCCAUGGGGAAGGUGUGAUGCUGAGUGGAGCACUGAAGAUUGUGAAGCCAGACUGGUUGAAAUAAACUGCACAGAUAUGAUAUUACAUACAAACGGCACAUGUUAUAAUGGCACCGAGUACAUUGGGGUAGGGGAUAUGUCCCUCUUCACAAAUGUUACUGGUCGCAAGCCAGUUGCAGCAUCCGAGGAGUACUUUUACAAUUCUCUGCUCCAUUUUGGGGGCUCUGAUGGAAUCGGAAACAUUGGGCCACCACAAUGGCACUUGGUCUUAUGUCUCCUUGGAUCUUGGACCAUCGUCUGUCUCUGUAUGAUUAAGGGGAUCAAAAGUACAGGAAAGGCAGUGUACGUAACAGCAUUAUUCCCCUACGUGUUUUUGGUAGCAAUGCUUAUAUUUGCCCUCCUUCAGCCCGGGGCACAGGAAGGGAUAUAUUACUACAUACAGAGGGCUGAAUGGGACCGCCUGACAAAACCAGAGAUUUGGAAAGAUGCAGCAGGUCAAAUAUUUUUCUCGACCAGUGUUGGAGCUGGUGGAUUACUAACGUUGGCGAGCUAUAACAAAUUCAACAACAAUGUUCUAAGAGACGCAAUACUUGCACCCUUGGGAAAUUGCAUCACCAGCUUUGUUGCAGGGUUUGUCGUAUUUGCCAACCUCGGUGUUAUGGCAAAGCAGCUUGGUGCUCAAGUAGAUAACGUCACGACGGAAGGGCCUGGGUUGAUCUUUGUAGUCUACCCAAAUGCGUUCUCACUGAUGCCUGUCACCCAACUAUGGGCAGUGUUGUUCUUUGGAAUGGUUAUAACUCUCGGAUUGGAUUCAGUGUUUGGAGGUAUAGAGAUGAUUGUUACUGGUAUAGUGGACCAUAUACCCCGCAGUAGACCUUACAAAGCUCUGGUACUAAUAGGAGUCUGCGUUGUUGGCUUUCUGGCAGGAAUUGCUGUAACAACUCCUGGAGGUCUAUACGUGAUCCAACUUCUCGAUGCCAAUGUUCCUAUAUGGGGACUCAUGUUGAACUCUCUACUGACGUGUUUUGCAGUGUCCUGGAUAUACGGUACAAAUCGAUUCCUUCGCGAUAUUCGAGUGAUGAUUGGCUGGCCAUAUACAAAAUGCGCCUGGAUAUCAUGGAAUAUAUUCUGGUAUUUUAUGUGGAACUUCCUUUGUCUUGCGGGUAUAAUAUUUAUCUUUGUAUUCUACAUACUAGAGUACGUCCCUUUGAAUCUGGACAAAGUGUAUGUGUAUCCUCCGUGGGCACAAGGUAUUGGUUGGUUAACUGCCAUGGCCCCUGUAGCGUUUAUACCAAUUGUGGCUAUCGCCCAGUUCUUUCAAUUCAAAGGUUCCUUCCUUGAGAAAAUGAAAGCGCUGAUAAAGCCAACUGCAAAAUGGGGACCAAAACUUCCAAGACAUCGACAACUUGUGACGUAUGUGAAGAAUUUUGAUCCCGAUCCGUAUAUGAAGACUAGUGGCAGAUCUACAGCCAAAGGACUUGAUAACACUACAUUUUAACUAUUAUAUGCUCACUUCAUGUCUUUGCAUAUGUAGUUAAUAAGUAAUAUAUGUGAUCAUGCAUA